AUGAGAAGAUUGUGGGCAUGGGAGGAAGACUUGUUAGGGGAGUGUAGGGCUUUACUUGAUAAUGUUGUCGUGCAGUAUAAUGUUUAUGACAGGUGGCAGUGGGAUCCAGAUCCCCACGAAGGUUAUACAGUGAGAGGUGCAUAUCAGGCACUGACAUCUAUGGAAGUACCCACUAUUGAAGGAGGAGGAGAGCUCAUUUGGCACAAACAAGUUCCGUUGAAGGUUUCCAUUCUUGCCUGGCGUAUGUUGAAGGACAAGUUACCAACCCGAAGCAAUCUCCAAAGGCGUGGUAUCCUUGCGGCUGCAAACACCACAUGUUUAUCAGGUUGUGGCUUGGAAGAAACCGCCUCCCAUAUUUUCCUCUAUUGCGAAGUUUUUGGUUCUUUAUGGCAGCACAUCAGGUCUUGGAUUGGCAUGUCUGGAGCACAUCCUCAAAAUAUUAGUGAACAUUUCCUUCAAUUUACUCACUCUACAGGACACUGA